CUCAACAAUGAUAAUUAAUAUUAUUCUCAGAGCUUCUCUUUCCAGUGUAUCCUGUUAGUCUGUAACCUUAUCACUGACUAUUUCCAUCAAAAAACUGCCUUCAGACACUUUCUAUCACUCCUUCACUAUUUCGACGUGAGUGUGUUAGUUGUGCUUAUUUAGACUUAGUGCAUUGCACCCAGACCAGGUCUUGGUUGUGUGCUUGGAUGAUUCUCUGCCUCUUUUGUCGUUGUUUCUGCUGCUUCUUCUCUCCAUUCUUUUUGAUUUUUGCUGCUGUUUUUGCUGUUUCCACUGCUACUGCUGCUUCUGAUAUCUGUGCUUCUUCUUCUACUGCUUCUGCUAUUUUUUCUGCUUCUUCUUCUUCUUCUUUUCUCUCUUUCACUGUUUCCCCAGCCGAGCAAUGCCACUGCACGCCAAUCUGCGGCUGUUUUCGAAACUGGGACGUUUCGCGCCCAACCUUGCGCACCGCCGCUAUUGUAGGCAAAGCUUUCUGCCUUUUUGCUCUUUUCUCGCUUUUUCUCUCAUGAUUUCGCCCUCUUUUUCAUUUUCUGAUUUUCGGAAUCGGGACAUUCUUCCCUUUUCUUUUCUACCUCCUACCACUCUCUAC